AUGUUGGAGUCCCUCUUCAGGAACCCGGCCUGGGCUGGGGCGUCCUCCUCCAAGUCCAAGCCCGCCCCCGUGGCUGGCGGCCCCGAGGGCCGCCCAACUAUGAUUGACAUCAGGCGGGCCAACAACGUGUCCAUCAUGAUGACGCGCUUCAAAGCCUUCCCCGGGGGCGUGGGGGGCAUGAUGCACGCCGUUCUCAGCUUCCAGGGGCUAACGUGGGAGGAAAUGGGCCUCAUUCGACAGAUAGCCCCGAAGAAGGGGGAAAGAAAGGACUUCAAGGACUUUGGGGGCGCGCCGCAGGAUCUGACGGCGGCCGAGCGAGUGCUGCUGCAGAUGAACCAAGUGCCCAGGUUGAAGGCCAAGUGCCGCGUGGCGCUGUUCAUCAUGAAAUGGGAGGAGCUCCGCAACGAGAGCGUGCAGGCGCUGGACACCGUCCAGGCCGCCUGCCAGGAGCUUCGUCGGAGCUCCCGCCUCCAGAGCGUCCUCUCAUGCGCCCUGACC